AUGAUAUUAUCUUCUAUAAUUACACAAAAACGUGAUGACAACAAAGCGUUUUUAAGUUCAUCCGAAUAUGACUGUCGUUUGGAGCAAUUAAAAUCAUCAAAGUUGGCUUUAAAUACAAUUGGUAUGAAGAAGACAAUAAAAGAUUAUAGAAUGGUACGUAAAUUCGAUAUUUUAACUGUCAAUGGAAAAGAUAAACUCAUCAAACCUGUAAUUAAUGAUACCGUACUGUACUAUGUGACAAACGAUGAAUUAUUUGAUAUUCUUCAUUCGACUCAUUCCGCAAUUGGUCAUGGUGGAAGAAAUCGAAUGAGCGCUGAGCUUAAAAUGAAAUAUUCUAAUAUUACAAAUGAAACAAUAAUGGUGUAUUUAAGUCUUUGCGUACACUGUCAAAAAAAAUCAUCAAAUCCGAAAAGAGGACUGGUAUCAAAACCAAUUUUACAUAACGCUUUUAACUCUCGAGCACAGAUCGAUUUAAUUGACAUGCAAUCACAGUGUAUUAAUAAUUUCCGUUUCAUAAUGAACUAUCAAGAUCACCUUACAAAAUUUGUUGUGUUAAAACCUUUGACAAGCAAACGCGCGGAAGAAAUUUCUCACAAUCUACUCAAUAUUUACACAACAUUUGGAGCUCCGGUUAUAUUGCAUUCGGAUAAUGGGCGUGAAUUUGUGAACUCAAUAAUAACUGAAUUACAUUCAAUGUGGAGUGACGUUAAAAUCGUCCACGGAAAACCUCGGCAUAGCCAAAGUCAAGGUUCCAUGAAAGGGCAAACAGAGACGUAG